AAACCCUCUCGUGUGACCUUUUCUUGCUCCGAAUAUUUAGGAAGUCUCCCAGUCCCAGUCCCUGAUCAUUCUCAUUCGGUUUCCCUCUCCCUCUCUCUCAUUGCUAGUACGCUUGGUAAAGCGGUGGCGGUGCUAGUGUGCUUGGUGAAACAGUGAUGGUGCUAGUAUGUUUGUUGUUGGACAAAUUUUAGAUGGAUAGGCAAGAAUUUGGUGGAAUUGGGAAUCCUACUGAAUUCGCUAGGCAUGCUCUCCUCCGGUGGUUAUCGAUCUUGGUUGGGCAUGGCCGUCGUCGCUCAUCAUCUGUUCUAAGGCCUUCAAAGCGAGAGCCAUGACGCCUUCGAUAAGGAGACCUGUUUCAUGCGUUAUUCUCGAUUUGGAUGGAACACUUAUAGACACAGAAGGCAGUGUGGAUGACGUGCUGAAAGUCUUCUUGGUCAAGUAUGGUAAAAAAUGGGAUGGGAGAGGCACACUGAAUAGGACAGGAAAGACGCAGAAGGAAGCUGCAGCUGCCAUUAUAGAAGAUUAUGGACUCCAUUGCAGUGUAGAAGAAUUCAUGACUGACGUUGCCCCAUUCUUCACUGACUUUUGGUCCAAAAUCAAGGCUCUUCCAGGUGCUGACCGGCUAAUCAAACAUUUGCAUCGCCAUGGUGUGAGGAUUGCAUUAGCUUCAAACUCUUCUAAGGAUGGCAUAGAACAGAAGAUUUCAUAUCACCAUGGAUGGAAAGAGUCCUUUUCUGUAAUCAUUGGUGGUGAUGAAGUACAAGAAGGGAAACCAUCACCUGAGAUAUUUCUUGAGGCUGCCAAAAGGCUGAAUGUUGAUCCUUCUAGCUGUCUGGUUGUUGAAGAUUCAGUGCCAGGCAUUACAGCUGGUAAAGCAGCUGGAAUGGAAGUUGUUGCUGUCCCUUCCAUUCCAAACCAAACCCACCUUUAUGGCUCUGCAGAUGAGGUCAUCAAUUCUCUAUUGGAUUUGCAGCUUGAGAAAUGGGGGUUACCACAGUUUGAGGAUUGGAUCGAAGGUACUUUGCCUAUUGACCCCUGGUACAUUGGAGGUCCUGUCAUUAAAGGCUAUGGUCGUGGCUCAAAGAUUCUUGGAAUUCCUACAGCUAAUCUACCGCCAGAUGGCUUCUCGGACGUUCUUUCACAGCAUAGUUCAGGAGUGUAUUUUGGCUGGGCAGGACUCGAAAACCGGGGCAUCUAUAAGAUGGUGAUGAGCAUUGGUUGGAACCCAUAUUUUAAUAAUGCUGAAAAGACUGUAGAACCCUGGCUGCUUCAUGAUUUUAAUAAGGAUUUCUAUGGUGAGCAGCUUCUUCUUGUGGUGGUCGGCUACAUUAGGCCUCAGGCAAAUUUUGCAUCACUCAGUGACCUGAUUGACAGAAUUCAUGAGGACCGAAGGAUUGCAGAGAAGGCCCUUGACAUGCCCCUGUAUUCAGGUUACAAAGACACACCUUAUCUGAAAACUAUGUGGAAACAUGACGAAUGAGAUAAUGCAGUACAACUGUUCGAGGAAAAUGUCGCAGCUGCCUUUUCAGCAGAAUUGGAUUUUAAUAAAAGUUCUUUUUCCUCCAAAUACAAGCAUGACGUGCAUAAAUGCCGUUUAGUUUCUUCAUAAACAAUAGUUUUAUUGAAGCGUGUGAAUCUGGCUACAACCUGUAUAUGGAAUUGCAUUUGUAAACAUCAUUUUCAGCUUAGAAAUCAGCUAAUAUAUCAGUUUAUUAAUCACA